UUUCAUGGCCUAAAGAGAGAGAGAGAUAGAGAGAGACAGACGUUUGAGAUUUGAUGAGCUGAAGAAGAGAACUUCACAUGGAACAAGAGCCCCUCACUCCCACCGUUACCUUCCUCUCCGCUUACAAUUUGAAUUAGGGUUUCCUCUUCUUCUCUAGUUUUAGCUUCUCGAUCUCUCUCUCUCUGUUACACCGAUUCACUUCCCCAAAACUUCGUUAAAUCAUCUUCUGGGUUUCCUUCAUUUCUCGAUCUGAUUCCGAAAUUCGCAAACUUUUUCUUCUGGGUCGAGAGAUGGAAGAAGGAAGCGUGUUCAGAUCUCUACUAGCGAUUCUCCAGUGGUGGGGCUUCAACGUCACCGUCAUCAUCAUGAACAAAUGGAUCUUCCAGAAACUGGAUUUCAAGUUUCCGUUGUCGGUUUCGUGUGUUCACUUCAUAUGUUCGUCGAUUGGAGCUUACGUCGUGAUCAAAAUCCUCAAGCUUAAACCUUUGAUCCUUGUCGAGCCUGAAGAUCGGUGGAGGAGGAUCUUCCCCAUGUCUUUCGUCUUCUGCAUCAACAUUGUGUUGGGGAAUGUCAGCCUUCGUUACAUCCCCGUUUCGUUUAUGCAGACCAUCAAGUCCUUCACUCCUGCUACUACAGUUGUGUUACAGUGGUUGGUGUGGAGGAAGUACUUUGACUGGCGUAUUUGGGCGUCUCUUGUCCCCAUCGUUGGAGGGAUCCUUCUGACUUCGGUUACAGAGCUUAGCUUUAACAUGUUUGGAUUCUGUGCUGCUCUGUUUGGGUGUUUAGCUACUUCUACUAAGACCAUUCUAGCUGAGUCUCUUCUUCAUGGUUACAAGUUUGACAGCAUAAACACAGUGUACUACAUGGCGCCUUUCGCCACCAUGAUUCUCGGGUUACCUGCAUUACUACUGGAAGGCAACGGGAUCCUGAGCUGGUUUGAUGCACACCCGUCUCCCUGGUCAGCACUCAUCAUCAUAUUCAGCUCUGGUGUGUUGGCCUUCUGUCUCAACUUCUCCAUCUUCUAUGUCAUCCACUCCACAACCGCAGUCACAUUCAACGUAGCUGGAAAUCUCAAGGUUGCGGUGGCUGUAAUGGUGUCGUGGUUGAUAUUCCGUAACCCAAUAUCGUACAUGAAUGCUGUUGGAUGUGGGAUCACGCUUGUGGGCUGCACGUUCUAUGGAUACGUGAGGCAUAAGCUUUCGCAGCAGCAGCAGCAGCCAGGAACUCCUAGGACUCCUCGUACACCAAGAAACAAGAUGGAGUUGCUUCCUCUUGUUAAUAAUGAUAAACUCGAAGGCAAAGUCUGAUCUCAUAUUCAGUAUCCACUGCUGCAAAAGAGAGAUAAGAAGAAGCAUUCACUCACACCAGAGGGGUGUUGAAUUUUUACUACAUAUGCAUUUUACUUGAAACCUUAAUAGAGAAAAGUAACAUUUUGUUUUAUGGGCUCGUAGAAGAGAUAAUGGUUCAUCUUAUUUAUAAUCUCUGUGAUAAUGUAGAAUCUUUUAUUUAUCUAAUUUCUUUUUCAGAAACCUUAAA